AUGUCACAUAGUUACAAAAAACCUUCCAUUUCAAAGAAUCUUAAAGAAGUUCUUUCACUCCCUGAAGAAGAACCCUCUCUUACAGAUGUUGAGGAUACUAUUCAAAAGCAAAUUGAAAAAACUAUAAAAGAACUAAAAGAAUUAGAAACUGUAAACUAUAAAGAAAUCUUGAAGGCCAUUAAUGAGCUGAAAAAAUAA